AUGAAAAAACAAAAGAGACGGAAAAAUGUAACCGAGGAAGAACUCGGCAUGGACGAGUUGGACGAAUCAGACGAAUUGAGCUCCCCUGGGGAAGGCAGAAAAACAAGAACGAAUUACACACGUAAGCGCAAGAAUUACCGGGAGCUGUACUCUGAAUACAUUGAAACGCGAAACAGCAAAAUAGAUUUUUCCUAUUAUAUAAAUAUAGAAUCGACGAUCAUGGAGCUGCUGCUAGAUAAUAAUCUCGAAUCGUUUAACAAUGCUGGGAAGCUUCUCUUUAUCAUUUUGUCCGGUCUGUCCCCCAGGGUGUUGUACUUGAAAAGAGUGUUAAACUUAGUACACUUUUUUUUUUACAAAGGAGGGAUCAAAUUUUAUCACAGUGAUAUUCACCUGAAAAUACUCCUCUUCAUUUUUACCAGAAUUAAAUCUAGGUAUAUGAUUCCUCGUAUGCGUAUUUUUAAUCUCCUGGUGUCCAAUAAUAAUUUAAACGAGCUUGACAAGUACAAAUAUGUGUACACCCCAAAGGGCAGUUUUUUCACCUUUGUCGACCACCUGUAUUAUCACAUAAAAGAUUUCAUGAUCACAGUAAGGAAAGUGCUAAUGCAGGAUUGGGUUGAGAAGGUACAGGCCAAAAUGGUAUCAUCGAGCAAAUCCAAGGAACACCUCCUAAAAAAAUUAAAGGCGAGUCAAAAAAUCGUCCUAUAUAAAGAAACAGAUGAAGAAGUAUUAACACACUUUUCAAAAUUGUUCAACAUAGAAUAUGCAAAAUCAUUGGAGAAAUCUCUUAAACUAUUAAUUCAACAAUGCUUUAAGAUUAACUUUCCCCUGCACAGCAUCUACCUGGACAUUUACAUUUUGUAUAAUAUAAAGAACGUGGUGAAACUGCUGGUGGUGAUAGACCAGCUGUUCUGUUCCAUGUAUCCCUACUACUACUUUUACGAAUUGAAAGUGAAGCUUCUUCUUCUGCAUAUACAUAAGUGCCAAGCGGGGGUGACUGCGCAAGCGGCAGCUGCAACUGCGGUGAAAACUGAUCCGCUGGCAGACCCUAUAAAUGACGCUACCGCUAUCGCUACAGGGGAUGUGACAGCCCUGAAAAGCGAAGGGGAGGGCAGUACAUUAGCUAACAUGCCCCUCCACACGAAGAACGCUAUUAGCGCCAUUUCUCUUAUUAGAAGUUUCGGAGGGGUCAAAUCAGACGAGAACAGCACCCUCAUGUAUGACGAGUCAUCUGUGGGGAACGUAAAUUACCAACUGGACAAAAAUGACCAGAGGGAACUACGAAAGUUGCUAAAAUUGAGGAAAAAGCAGAAGGCAGAGACCAAUGAAUAUUUGAACAGCCUAUACAGUAGUGACUCCAGCAAGAGUGACAACAGCAACUUAAGUGAACAUGGAAUGCAUCAUGACUUGCCAGGGGAGCAACAGGGCAAUGACAAUAACGACGAUGAAAAAAAUUUAUACUUGGACGCUUUUAUGAAUUUAUAUAUUAACUGCACACAAGGAAUGGUUAGCAGUUUACCAUCUUUGAGCGAGUUACACGAUUUGCACCCGCUGAAGCAAUUAAAUGAAAAAAUUAGAAGCAAGCGGAUGGAGGGAAACCUUAACAAUAUUGUCCUACCCAUGUUGAAAGAUACAAAGAUAAAUGAUAUGAACAGUGUAGAUAUGAGCGUGAGCGCAAUGGAACAAGCAAAGGAUCUACUGGAGGAGAAUGAAGUAGAAAACCACUUUAAUAUAAAACAAAGUGAGCAGUUGGAAGGGGAUGACCGCAUUACAAUAAAAAAGGAACAAACCAAAAAGGGAAAACUAGCAAGUCUUCCCAACAUUGAAAGUAUUCAUAAGGACACAUAUAAUGACAUAGCUUACAAUAUAAAUGUCGUUACAGACGUCGCCAAAAGUCUAAUGCAUUCAUCUAAUUAUGAUCCAAUAUAUGUAAAGCUUUUUUACUCUUAUCUUUUACCUGUCAUUUCUUUUGAAAAAAGAGUUGACUUGUUUUUAACUUAUUCGUACACAAGCUACAAAAUUAUGAAGCCAUUAGUUUUUAUUAUUUUUUAUAAUAAUCAUACGUCGACGUAUAUUCUUAAUACAGUCAAACAUGUUUUUAAACAGGAUAAGUUGCUUUUUCAAAAAUAUAAAAGUUCAUAUUUUAAUGGACUUUCCUUGAGAGACAUUCCGAAGAGCCAUUUUAUCUUUUUGUUGUUCCUCUCCGUUUUUUUCUACGACCAAAAGGCGGAGUCCCUCCUCUACAUGUUCAAACUGUUUUGCAACUAUGACCAAGACGUAAUCAGCGACCAGGAGCGAGACAUAAACUACAAAAAUAUACACCAAGACGUGCUGCUUGAAAAUGACACAAAAUACACGGAGCACAAGAAAAAUAUAAAUAUAAUAAUUAUAAAGUUUAUUGAAAUAUAUAAAGAGAAAUUUGGGACCCACCUUUGCGACUACUUUGAUUUCUACAGGAUAUUUUUUAUACUCUUUGCUUCGUGUGUUGCAAUGGAGUAG